AAAAAAUUGUUGUUUUCAUUUCAUCUAAUUGUUUAUUUAUUUAUUUUAAUCGUGAUUAGGCCAAUAGAUUUAAUUGUUUUAUUGUUAAUCUAAUUUAUUUGUUUACUGAGUAACUGUUUGGUGUAACUACAAUACAAGAGUAUAAUUACUGUGACCCUUAUAGUUUGUUUUCUGUAACCAUCAAUGAGAAAUUGUCAUCUUUUAUUUCAUUUGAAUUUUUUUUUAAUUCCAUUUCUUAAUCUUAAUCUUUUCUGAUGAUGAUUGUAUUUAAUUUCUACAAUUUAAGCCUAAUUUAUUAAGGAAUAAUCUUUCACCUUUAGCAAACAUUUUCUUGUUCUUUUUGAAACUGUGAUUGUUUCCUCUCUAUCUCUUUUGUAUUGAUUUUAUUGAAACUCUUUUUGUUUUGUUUUUCUAUUUUGACAUUUUACUCUUGUGGUGAUAAUUUCUAUGUUUCUGUUUGUGUUUUGGUGCUAAUUUGGUAAAGGAGAAGGAGUUUCACCAUGGAUUUAAACAGUAAUUCUAAUAAUAAAGAAACUUUUAAUGGACCUGAUCCCAAGACUGAUGAUAAUUUAAAUACAAUUUGCAGCGAGACUAUUUAUGAGGUUCUUGGUCCAAUUUCUGGUCAACGGCAAUUAGAAUCUCCUACAAGUCAUGUUGUCUCUGAAAGAGUACAAAAUUUAGCAUCACAAAUUUAUACUGAACUUCAAAAGAUAAUCAAUAGAUUUUCAGAUGAUGAUGAAAUUGUUGGUGGAUUGAUGCCAUUAAUUGUUAAUGUUCUCGAAUCAUUGGAUAUUGCCAUAAUUGAAUCACAACAAUUACAAGUUGAACUGGAAUUAUGUAAAGACGAUAAUGAACAAUUAGUAUCAGCUUUUGACAAGGAAAAAGCAAUCAAAAAAAGGAUUGAACAAAAGCUCCUGGAAUAUGAAUUUCAAUCGGAAGAGGAGAAACAACAAUAUGCUCAAAAGAUCAAUUCCCUUGAAAAUAUUGUUAAAAUGUUGGAAUUGAAAUCAAAAAAUUCAUCAGAUCAUGCCUCAAGGUUGGAAGAAAAGGAACAAGAAUUGAAGACAGAAAAUACCAAGGUUCAUACUCGAUAUAAUGAACUACUUCGAAGUCACUGUGAUCUUAUGGAAAGAAUGAAAAUACUAAUCGGAAGCGAUGAUGGACUUAAUUCCUCUGGUUCGACCAACAUCGGACCAUCGACUAAUUAUAAAGCAACGAUGAAUAAAAAAUCUGACGUUGAAUCAUAUUCUAGUCCAAGUGAGGAUGUAGAAUUAAAUGUUCCAACCAAAAGUUUGACCUCAACAACGAUUAUUCCACGACAAGCUUGGGUUGACACUGACCUUUCCUUAGAAGAUGCUUCCAUUAUCGAAGAGGUUGACGAAAUUCCCCGUGAUCGUGAUCGUGAUCGUGAAAAGGAAAGAGACACUCACUCAGGUCGACUCUCAAAUCAGGAUAGAUAUGCAUCUUCUGUUACCGAUAACUUUUUUGGAAUGGAGAAAGAAGUUCAAAAUCUUAUCCGGGAGAAUGAUGAAUUAUUGGCAACCAAGAAUGCAUUGAAUAUUGUUAAAGAUGAUUUGAUUGCCAAAGUUGAUGAACUUCAAAGUGAUUUAACUAUGGCAAGAGAAGAGGUUCAACAAUUAACUGCGGUUAAAGAUAAACUUAAAUCUCGUAUUUCACAAUUAGAGGAUGAGAUGAAGAAAACGAAAGAGGAAUUGAUUGAGAUGAAACAAAAGGCAGCCGCUCAACCUCAGGAUGAUGAAGAGGGAACUCCAUUGGCUCAACGUAAGCGAUUCACUAGAAUGGAAAUGGCUCGAGUUCUAAUGGAAAGAAAUCAAUAUAAAGAGAGAUACAUCGAACUACAAGAAGCCAUAAGAUGGACAGAACUUAUCAGAGCCAGUAAAACAGAGGGAGAGAAAAAGUCUGUCAUUUGGAAAUUUGGAAGAAAUUUUUCCAGUUUUAGUAGUUUGAAUAUCUUCAAUAACUCUGGUGCUUCAAAUUUAACUAAAGAAGGUAACAAAAGUCCUAUUCGAUCGACUGCUAUUCGUUAUGGUGCUUCUAAUCCCGAUCAAGUUACACCCGCGUUUGAGGCUAUGAAAAGACGAUCACGAGCACAACAUUCGGGUGACUUUUUACUUCUCAUGGAUUCGGAUAUUUCAAGUGAACGAGCUCGAUCAUUGAAAGCUGUUCGUGCUCAUGUUCCUCGAACCAACGGAGAUCGUAUAAUGGCAUAUGGUUGGUCUAUCGCUGGUAGCGGUAAAGAAGGUACCAAUGAAGGAUCAACCGAAUGUGGAUCAUAUAUAACCACCCUUGGACUACGACAUGCCUCGGUUCCGGUACCAAUUUACUGUCGACCAUUGAGCAAUGACGAUGUGGGUCUGAAAAUUUGGUGCGCUGCUGCUGUUGAUCUAACAGGAGGUGAAGCGGGAUUCACCGAAAGCCAAAACCCUUUAACACAAUCAGGUGACCAAACAACAAGUGAAGAUAUUCCCAAGGAGAAAGUUUCAAUAACUGCAAUCGCAGACCUAGAAAAAGAGUUGGGUGUAGCGAUGAUUGAACAAGGUGAUUUUCCUGAUGCCAAAAAGUUAUCGACUUUUGCUUGGAUCUGUAGCGUGAGCCAUUCAAAGAGUAAAGUUAGUAUAGUGAAUAUAAAAAAUAAUCCAAGUGAAUUUUUGGACUCAUUUACUGUGAAAACUCACCUACUCUGUGUUGCAUCGGUUCCUGGUGCUAAAAAUAAUGACCUUUAUGGAUUUGACGGAAUUGAUUUGGACAAUGUUAAAUUGGUGGAGGUAAAUUCACCUCAGCAACAACAAUCAUCAUCAUCAUCUCAAUUUAACGAAAAGAUUGAAACAGUACAAGCGAAAGAUGCAUUAAAAGUAACCUUUGAAGACGAUAAAGAUGAUCUAUUACCCAAAGAGGAAAUUUCUAAGAAUCCACAGCUCGAAAAGUUAACCGAUUAUGUCGCUUAUACUGAACCACCUUCACCAUCCGCUCCUGGAGAUAAUCAAGCAUCGACUGUGACAGUUUACCAACCAAUGUCAACAUGUUUACCGACAAUGUGGCUUGGAGGACAGAAUUGUGUUCUUUAUGUUCACUCAGGUCUCGCUCAAUGGUCUCAUUGUAUUUAUAGUGUUAAACUUCCUGAUUCAAUUCUUCACAUUGUCCAUUUUAGAGGUCGUGUAUUUGUUGCCCUAGCUAAUGGUCAGUGUUGUAUAUUUGUACGCUCACCAACGAAUGGUCAUUGGGAUUUUACCAAAUAUCUGAUUAUCGAUAUGAGUCAAACAAAUCAACUAUCAGCUGAUAACUCUAAUAAGAAUACAACUCCAGGAACCUCUUCCCCUGGUUCAUCUAAUCCUCCGACCACCGCUUCUUAUAGCAUCCGAUGUAUGGAAGUAACUAAAACUUGUGUAUGGCUUGGAUAUCGUAACAUGGUUCAUAUUCUUGACCCAAAUGGAUUGAAAAUCAUUCACACUUUAACUGUCCAUCCUCGUAAAGAAACACAAGUCCGUCAACUUGCAGCAAUGGGUGACGGUGUUUGGUGCAGUAUCCGUUUAGAUUCAACGUUACGUCUUUAUUCAGCACUUAAACCAUACCAGCAUCUUCAAGAUGUCGAUAUUGAACCCUACGUGUCCAAAAUGUUAUCCUCGAAAGCUUUCAGUUUCAUCAGAGUAACGGCACUUAAAGCGAGUAACAAUCGCCUCUGGAUAGGAACAGGUAACGGUGUUAUCCUCAGUAUACCCUGUGAUAAAGUUAAUUCAACCAACGGUGGAUCAAUUUCAAGUACCUCUGGUAAUGGAUUAACCAGCAAUUCACAUAAAUCCACUGGUGGUGGUCAAAAUGAUUCGAGUACAACAACAACAUCAUCUACAACCACCCUAGUCUCUGAAAGUGACUCUGGUCCCAUUUCGAUUGCCACUUUCAUUCCCAAAUGUAAUCCGUCACAAAAUCAAUUAUCUUACCAUGGACACAAAGAUUCAGUUAAAUUUUUCAUAAUGUCCAAAAAUUUAAUCAUGAGCGGAGGUGAAGGUUACAUUGAUUUCCGAUUGAAUCCUGAAGAUGAAGCAAGUUCAUUAUCGAAAGGUGAUCGAUCUCACCUGAUUGUUUGGGAAUUGAACUCAUGAAGUUGAAACAAUUUUUAUUCAAUUUCCACAUGAAGAAAUGAUAAUUUGUUUCUUUUUUUUCUUCCUUCAUCAUCUCUUAACUGUACUCUCUUUUUCUGUUUAAUUGUUGUACAGAAAAAUCAAACAGAAUCUUAAUUGAGUUAAAUUCAAUUACCAAGACAAUUGAACUUAACGACUAUUGAAUGUAAAUUUAAUUUUAUCUUAAUUACUCUUUACCCUCUCAACCAAUAUCCCUUUUGCUUAUACAUAUUUAAUAUAAAUACAUAUAUAUUGUAAUUGUGAUUAGUUAAUUCACAUUCCCAAUCAAUCAACAACAAUUGUAAUAUUACAACAAAACACAAUAUAAUAGGCUAAUCUUUUAAUCUUACAGAUUAGUCUAAUUACUUCAAAGUAAUAUAAUUGUUGUAAUUACAAUAUACAUAAAUAUGAACUGGACUCAUAUUCUGAUUAAAAUGAUUGAUUGAAAUGUGACAAUUAAACAUCACAAAUAAAUUGAACAUGUUUUAACUAAUUGAAAGAAAAAGAGAAACACAAUUAACUGUAAAAAGCGACAACUUAAUUUCUCUCUAUUCUUUAAUCAAAAUUUUACCUUUGAUUGUUUAAUUCAAUUGGAAACUUUUCCUUUCUUAAUUGUUUACAUUGUUAUUAACUUUUUUUUUCUGGACAAUUAAUCCUCGACAUUAAUGUGCAAUUUUCACCAAAGAAGCAUGAUAAUUGUUUGUAUUGAUUAUAUAUUAACUCUAACGAUUAUUAAUUUAUAUAUAUAUGAUUAAGGCCAACAAGAUAAAAGUUAAUGACAAUUGUUAAAUUUAAACUUGAUCAAAUUACUUUGAUUCAAUGUUUAAUACGAUAACAUUUUCAAUUACAAUUUAAAUAAUCAUCGAGAACAAUUAAACUUUAACAUGUACUUUGUA